AUGUUCACUCUUCUUUUCUUGGCAUUUUGCCUGAUCUGCCAAGUUUCCUCCAAACUUUACGACAUUUCUUUUGACAACCAAACACCGAACAAAUGGAAACUAGCCUACACAACGAACGAUCCAAGUCGCGAAUGGCUAAAGAAUAACUUCACGAGUGAAAUGAUGCUUUGGUCUUACCAAGUCUCAUAUUUUCACUUUAAAAUCGAAUUCUACAUUAAUGGCUUCAAAGUGGGAAGUGCCUCGUCGAGUCAACGGUUCACGGUCGCCUUGCAGACUAUCGAUACAUCGAGUGACACGAAAGAGGCUCUGGUUUUCAAGGUUGACCCCAAUCCGUUCUCUUCUACGUGCACCGCAAUCGGCAACGAGCUUCUCCAGGCGGCACCGCUCAACAAAACGACGAUCACAAAGGUUAUCCAAUGUGGAACGAGGAUUCUGUUGAAGCAGCAGGCUAGAACUGAAAUGGAUAAAGUUAUCGAUAUCAAUUCUAUGGAUGUGCCUGAUGAGAGGAGAGUUCAAGGGCGGAAGACGUCGAACUCGUUGAUCGUCGAAAUAUGUGGCCUCGAGGUGGCAGAAGGCUUGGCAGCAGAUAGCUUCCUUCAUCCUCAA